AUGGCAGGUCCAGAAAGGAGAUUUCUCUAUCAGCUCUCUCUAAUUCCAAACUUCUCCAGUAGAGUGUUCUGCAUCCUCUUUCGGUCCAGCUUUUCCGAGUGCACGUCAUCUAUCAUGAGGAAACUGAGUAAUCUAAAGAAGGUGUGCAAGGCUCUACAGGACAGUGAAACAGUAAAGAAUAUUCUAGGUCUGGUUCUGGCAUUUGGAAAUUUCAUGAAUGGUGGCAAUCGAACCAGAGGUCAAGCUGAUGGCUUCACCCUUGAGAUUCUCCCAAAACUUAAAGAUGUCAAGAGCAGUGAUGGAGCGAGAAGUCUUCUGUCCUAUAUUGUUGCCUACUACCUCAAAAACUUUGACAAGGAUGCUGGCAGGGAGACGUGUGUGUUUCCGCUUCCUGAACCACAUGACCUGUUCCAAGCUUCACAUUUGAAGUUUGAAGACUUUCAGAAAGACUUGGCUCUGCUCCGAAAAGACCUGAGAGCAUGUACGUCAGAAGUGGAAAAGGUAUGCAAAGUGUCAGAUGAGGACAACUUGCAACCUUUUAAAGACAGUAUGGAGGAUUUCCUUGAAAAAGCUAAAUGUGAGCUGGAGACCUUGGAUAUUCAACUUGGCAGCACUCACAAACUGUUCCUGGAGCUCACAGUGUUCUUCUCUGUGAAACCUAAGGCAGGAGAAAAAGAAAUCUCACCCCACACAUUCUUCUCUGUCUGGCAUGAGUUCUCCUCUGAUUUCAAAGACCUGUGGAAAAAAGAAAACAAGGCUAUUCUCAAGGAGAGGUAA